AUGAUGCUACCGUCGACUGGAGGUCGGAGCCCGUUGCUCGCGCUCUCGGUGAGCGCUGGCUGUGUCCUGGUAUUCAUCUUCGCCUUCAUGGCUUGGCAGAGUCCACCCCGGGUGACUUUCCCACAUGGCCAGUCUAACUUAGCUGCAGCCAGCGCGCAGACCGACUCGACCAUUGGCGAUGUCAUCAAGCUACUGUACCAGAACCUGAAGGUGUCACCGACUGAGCCCUUCAUUCGCGAACCAAAUGGCAGCCACAUCACGUUGCCACCGAACCCGCGCUACAAGAAGAACCUAGGCAGCGACGUCCUGAUUCUGGAUCUGGAGACCCGUCCCCUCAAGUCUACUGAGGAGUACGAACGGGGCGAAUAUGACUGGCGCAACAUCAACCACGUUUCCGGCGGCAUCUUCAACCACUACACGUAUGCGCUUGUCCACGGCUACGACUACAAGUUCGUCCAAGCCCGCGAAUUCGAAGACCGACACGCUACCUGGAUCAAGCCCUCUGCACUUGCAAACCACAUCAAGGACUACAAGUUCAUCAUCUUCCUCGACGCCGAUGCUGCUUUCCGCUUCCUGCACGUCCCUGUCGAAUGGAUGCUCAACCACUGGGACGUAAAGCCGCACCACUCCUUCGUCAUGGCCAAAGACCCUUGGAGCGCAAAAGAGCCCCAGUACAACUCCGACCGCUUCAACCGCACCUACACCAACACCGGCUUCAUGAUUGUCCAGAACAACGAGCAAACCCUGCCCAUUCUCAAGGCAUGGCACGAGUGCCCCGACGACACCCGCUACGCCAACUGCUCGCAAUGGAAGCAACCCCGCUUCCACGAGCAAUCCGCUUUCGGCGAGUACAUCCGCUACGACUACGAGCAAUACAUCAAGGAGCUUGAGUGCGGAGAGGCCAAUGGCUUCCCCGGUGUCGAAGUCAGCAAUUGCCAGGGCAAGCUCAUCCGCCACUACUGGUUCGAGAAGAGCAACGUCAAGAUGGACUUCCGCGAGAACAUCAUGAACGCACUCACACUUCCGAUACAAAAGAUCUUCGCGCAGAACACGAGUGGCGUCGUAUACCAGCAGGAAGAGAAUGUCAUACUACAAUAG